CAGUCGCUGUUGUUUGUGAGUACACACACUUUCCUCAGCUCAAACCCACAACCGGACAGCUCCCAUUCCCACCAACAUGAGAGAGUUCAAGAGCAAGGAAUUCUGGAGAGCCGUCCUGGCCGAACUGGUUGGCAUGACCCUUUUCAUUUUCCUCAGCCUGGCCACUGCUAUUGGGAACAAGAACAACAACAACCCAGACCAGGAGGUGAAGGUGGCUCUGGGCUUUGGACUGGCCAUCGCCACACUGGCUCAAAGUUUAGGCCACAUCAGCGGAGCCCACCUGAACCCUGCGGUCACCCUUGGGAUGCUCGCCAGCUGCCAGAUCAGUGUGUUCAAGGCUGUCAUGUACAUCAUUGCCCAGAUGCUGGGUUCUGCUCUGGCCAGUGGCAUUAUGUUCGGAGCACGUCCAAGUUCCACUGAUGCACUGGGGCUCAACUCUCUCAGCCCUGGUGUCACUCCCAGCCAAGGCGUGGGCAUCGAGCUCCUGGCAACCUUCCAGUUGGUGCUGUGUGUCAUUGCAGUCACUGAUAAAAGACGGCGUGAUGUCACCGGCUCAGCACCCUUGGCCAUUGGCCUCUCGGUCUGCCUUGGACACUUGGCAGCGAUCAGCUACACAGGCUGCGGCAUCAACCCUGCUCGCUCCUUUGGUCCAGCUUUGAUCAUGAACGAUUUCACGAACCACUGGGUGUACUGGGUGGGACCAAUGUGUGGCGGUGUAGCAGCAGCCCUCAUAUACGACUUCCUGCUGUCUCCAAAAUUUGAUGACUUCCCUGAGCGAGUGAAAGUCCUCGUCAGCGGCCCGGUUGGCGACUAUGAUGUCAAUGGAGGCAACGACACUACAACCGUGGAAAUGUCUUCAAAAUAGUCCCUCCUCCCCACUGUCCCCAACACUUAGUUCUACUGAACAUGUUUAUACUCCUGUAAAAAGAAAAAAGCCCUUAAAUAUAGUGUAGUGUUUUGUGCUAUUUGAGAUACCAAUGAGGAUUAUGGUAAUGGGUCAGUUAGCGUCUCUUUCUAACUCACUCCUUGUCCCUGCACACAAAAAUUUUCAUUCAAACUGCCACUGAAGCGUACGAGCCGAGGUUGUGAGAAUCCUGAUGGAGCAGUGUGUUGAAUUUUUUUCCCCAUAUCAGUAUUUCUCAAUGAGCCAUGUUUUUGUAUACUCUUUGUGCCUUUAUCACUUAUUUUGCUGAUGGAUAAUGUAUUGUAUGUACACUCUUGAAACAUCUCUGACUUUUUUAAGUAAAUAAAACACUUGUUGUUAUCAA